CUUGUUGCGACGCUGGGAUCAAAAUCCACACUCAAAAAAGUUGAUCGCAAGGAGAUUUGUGCAGUCAACAUUCCCAAAGCAUGUCAAACUAUCGUGUCACCAGAGGCACCCAUGGCACUGAGACUUCAGAGUAACCUGCUGUCUCAGAUCAUCACUGACGAGAAACAAUCAGAUNAUGGAGUCACGCGCGUGUACGGUGAACAAUGUAAUUUUGUCCUCAAAGAUGCACAACUAGAGCAAAACAAGAUCCGUACUCUACUACGCUCACUACAUGCCGCUCCGAUCGAACUCGACGGCAAGCACAAAGCCAAGCCUGGCCAACUUGUCCUCGAAGACGACCCAAACUUCAUACCCGAAUUGGCAUGGGGCAUCGACUUUGACCCCUUCCAUGAUAUCCUGGGUUUCACCAGUGGUGAAGGUUCAUCUCAGAGGUCAAGUCUUCUGUCUCCACAUACCGCCCCCUCAAGCGGUUUGGGAUCUGAACAUAUGGAUCCCAACAUGGGCCUCAUAAUCACUCACUCAUCAUCGGUGAGAGGAGGUGAUCUGGGUCUAUGUCUCGGCGGUGCAAGUGUCGGUGGCUCUAGUCACAAUAGAGGCUACAGUCGCUCACUGUUCGGUGCCAAUGAAGAAGGACUCCUUCCUGAGCUGGAUCUAGGCUUGGGUCUGGAUUUCGACGUUGAUGGCAACAUCGUUGACAAUGCUGCUGCGCCUGAUGGCGGCAGAGCAGCUUCUGUACACACGCCUGCGCCUGUCAUUCGCGAUGGAGUUCUGCCAGAUUCGAACGUUGAUCGAGACGUGGUCAUGUACGACGACGAUUCUCUUCCGGUCUACCAAGACGAUGUCGACAUGCAAGAUGUCGAGCCUUUUGCGCCACGCGCUGCUGCUCAACAAACAAACGCCGAUGACCAGGAUGCUGCACAGGUAGAAGAAGCUCAAAGCCAGACUUCAUCCACCUCCGCAGUCGCUCCUGCCGUCCGUGUCCGUGUUCCCAAACCAUUGCCCCAAGACCAAGAACUCGAGCUCCACAACGCUGAUCUUCAAGAGUGGGAUCGUGAGUAUCUCGACAACCAAUCGAGAGCCACACAGCACAAGCUACUGAACAGAAGUCUUGUCCUCGCUCGCAAGAAUGCAAACUUUUGGGUCUUGCAAAAUGGGAUUGGUGGACUGGGUGCCACGUAUCAAGGAGCAGAGGACUGCAUGCCAGAGCCAUUGAGGAUGUUCAGUGGCAAUGCGCUCCUCGAGGCACUAACAGGCAUUCAACUUACCAUAGCAGGAGCCAAGCAUCCGCGAGAGGUCGAUGACAACGAUGACGAUCAAGAAAGAAGAGUGCGCUCCCGCAGCGACGACAACGAAGUCGGCAGAGCGGCAAACUCGAACGACGAUGCUAUCUUCGACACUGGCUUUGUCGACGACGCAAUCCACGACUCUAUCGAGCAAGGUCGUGAAGCACCAACACCACUUGCAGAUCGCCAUUCUUCUGCUCAUGCACUGCCUUGGAACCAUGCAGCUCCUCCCUCACGCGGAUCCUCUCAUACUGGUUUUGUGCCUCCGUUUCCACUCCUCGGUCCUGGCGUUGGAGGACCCAGUUCGUCAAUCGCUGGCGGUGGUGGUUUCAAUGUCGUUUCUUCCCAUCGCGGUCGUCGCACUGUAUCUGCUUCUCCCCUCGUCGGCAGAGGAGCGCUUCCCACCACCAACGUUGAGGACAUGAACUUCAUGCAAAGCGACGACAAUGCAAACUUCAAUGACGGAUUUGCCGUCUCGGACAACGCAGUAGAAAAUCCCCCUCGUCCCUCUCAAGCCACAGAAUUCGAUCUCUUCGGACCUGCCGCUGCCGUAUCCACUCAAGUCGCCGGUACCUCUCAAUUCCUCUCUGCCGCUUUGUCCACCGAGUCCUUGAAUUUUCUCGCCUUCGUCAAGGCUGGGAUUGCUGAGGCCCAAGAGAGGCAAGAGACUACCAUUGAGGCCAUUGCUUCUGUGCUUGAUGUGGAGGCUUCCGAGACCAAGGAUGAGUUUGUCGAAUUUGAGGACCUGCUGAAGCCCGAGAACAACUCGANNGUUGUUGCUGCGCAAGGCUUUCUGCAUUUAUUGACACUGGUGACGCGAGGAUUGUUGAGCGCUGAGCAAGAGGAGGCUUUCGGGCAGAUCGAGUUGAGAGUGCUG